AUGGCUUUUGGCUUGCCAAUGAAGGCCAUGGAAGCAACUGUGUGUGGAGACAAGUUAGGCAAUCUCAUAUUGGAAUUAGCUAAAAACUUUGCUAUAUACAUUGGAAUGGUGAUUGCGUGCAAUGGUUUACAUCUUCUACUGAAGCCUUAUAAACAACCACGCAUUACUUCAGACAUAAUUGUAGGACUAGUUGUGGGGAGAAUAGGAUUCGUACGUAGACUAUUCGCGAAAUUCAACCUAACGUUUGGGUUUAUCAUUGAUUUUGGAAUGACAUGUUAUAUGUUUGCAUUGGGGAUAGAGAUGGAUCCUCAUGCUCUGUUUGCACGACCAAAUAGGUACACUAAGGUUGCUUUUACAGGAGUUUUAUGCACGUUGGUCGUGACAGGAAUUUCAACACCGAUUUUUCGAUACUUCCCAAGUCAUCAUAGGCUAAUAGAUUUCACCCUCUGCUUCGCCACAUUGGCUGCUAGCACAGACUCGCCAGUGCUGACACGCUUAAUAACUCAGCUCAAAAUAGGCAAAUCCGACAUAGGGAAGCUUGUGAUUGGAGCAGGGGUGCACUCAGAUUUUGUGUGCUGUUUGAUCCUUUGCAUUGGGUACAUUGUUCUUCCAUUGCCUGAAUUUUGCCACCAUUUGGAAGACAAGAUGGACAUUAAGAAGUCCCUUCAAAUGGGGUGUGCAGUGGUGGUGCAGGUAGUGUUCACUGCCAUGGUUUCACCAAUCCUUAUGAAGUGGGUUGGUAAUGAAAACCCUGAAGGUAGACCCAUGAAAGGCCCACACUUGAUACUCUCACUUGCCUUCAUGGUCUUAAUGUGUGCCUCCACCACUAUGUAUUACUAUCAUCCAAUCUUAAGUGCUUUUUUAGUAGGCCUUUGUGUUCCCAGGGAGGGUAGAGUUUCCAAAUGGGUUAUCACCAAAAUCAAUUAUUUGAUGACCACUAUUUUCUUUCCCAUCUUUUUCCUGUGGAUGGGGUAUGAAACUGAUUUCACGAUGAUUGAUGCACCUAAUGCUUUCACAUGGAUAAGACUAGUUGUGCUCUUUACAGUGGCAACAGCUGGAAAAGUUGCUGGAACAGUUAUUUCUGGUGCCAUGCUGGGCUUUCACUGGCCCGAAUCCGUUGCAAUUGGAAUGCUCCUUGUCACUAAGGGCCAUUUGCAAAUCUACUUAGCUAUCAAAGUGAUAGGUUGUGGUGCUACAAGUAUGUCCACCGGCAUUGUCAUGGUAAUUGCAACCUUUUUAACAACUUUGCCUGCCCCAACAAUUGUGGCAAAAAUCAUUAAACGUGCAAGGAAAAGAGCACCUACUCAUCGUUUGGCGCUUCAAUUGCUUGACCCUUUAAGUGAGCUAAGGAUCCUCCUGUGUGUCCAAGGACCUCAGAAUGUUCCUGCCUCCAUUAACUUGGUCGAGAUCACGAAAGGGACGGCUGACACCAGUAUUGUGCUAUAUGUCACUGACAUGAUUGAACUCACUGAUGAAUUAUCAGACACAUUGGAGAGGGAUGAAGGAGUGCACACGACCACAGUGAAAGACAAAGAAGUCAUGGACAUGAGAGACCAAGUAACCAACUUAUUUCAAGCCUAUGUGGUGGAGAAUGAUGAUGGCAUUACACUCAAAAGAACCAUGGCACUCUCAACAAUCACUAGCAUGCCACAAGACAUUUGCAUUUUAGCAGAGGACUUGAUGGUUGCCCUCAUCAUAUUGCCAUUCCACAGGAGUCAGCGUGAGGAUGGAAAAUUGGAUGGUGGUAAUUCAGGGUUCAGAUACGUGAACCGAAAGGUACUAAGAAAUGCCCCUUGUUCUGUUGGGAUUCUAGUAGAUAGAGGCCUUGGAUCAGUUGAGCAUAUAACAAGAUGUCAAGUAGCAGUAAAUGUGGGAGUCAUAUUCAUUGGGGGAAAAGAUGAUAGGGAAGCACUUGCCUACGCUAGCCGUGUAGCGCAGCAUCCACAAGUUAAGCUCACAGUAAUAAGAUUCCUGGAAGAUAGCAGUGUAGAAUCCUCAUCAUUGUUCAGGAUCAUCCUUCCAGAGCAGGAGCAGGAGAAGCAGUUGGAUGAUGAAUGCUUUACACAGUUCUACGAAAGGCAUGUGAUCGGAGGAGGUAGGAUUUCCUAUAUGGAGAAGCAUCUUGCAAAUGCUUCUGAGACCUUCUCCACUCUCAGAUCAUUUGAAGGGCAAUACUCAUUGGUUAUUGUUGGAAGAGAAGGAGGAAUGAACUCUAUUUUGACAAGGGGAAUGAAUGAUUGGCAACAAUGCCCGGAAUUGGGACCAAUAGGGGAUGUUCUUUCAGGAUCAGACUUCUCUACAACUCUUUCUGUUUUGAUCAUCCAACAACAUAGACUUAAAGGAGAAAUAGAUGGGUUAGAUGAAGACUUCUCUAUGAUAUAAGUGUUAGAUGGAUAGGUAGUGUAGAAGUAGAUACUAAUUGUAGCAAGGAAACAGAUAAUGCUAGAAGGAAUGUUGUUACAACUUCAAGGGAAAAUUGUAAAGAUGGCAUCAUUUUAAGUUUCAUCUAGAAGGAAUGUGACAUCUUGAGGCUUUUAAAGCUCACAACUUUCUUCAGCAUAAGUUUCUUCAAUGUACAUCAAUUGUCCCUGAAAACUUCGCCAUCUCUGUCUGCAUUUGAAAGUUUAAAUGUCCAGGCAAAUGAUA